UCCAUCCCUCUCCAUUCCCCACCCCUGGCACCCUGCUGCAUCAUCCCCACCUCCCAAACCCACUCCAUUCCCGUGGUACCCUGCUGCAUCACCCCCAUCCCAACCCCCAGGGAGCUCGCUGCUGAUCGGGACCCGGACCCAGUGCAAGCCAUGUCCACAUGGAGCCUUGCCCGCUCAGUCACAUAACACUGCAGUUUGACAAACAGUCAUCUUCCUGCCUUAACAAAGUCAGAAAGAUGCACAGACAGCUUUCCCCCUGAAAAGACGCAAACGAGGGAACUGGAAAAGCUUCUGGCCGAGAGGAGAAUGAGCUGGGGGGAGCGAUCUAAAAAAAACUCAACCCUACAAUCCAGAGAGAGAACAGGUAUUGUGAUCACAAAGCAGCCAGAGUCUGCCUCUGUCCCAGCGGGGUGCCCUGUAACUCUGCAGUGUGCUGCUGUUGGACCUAGCCCUCUGCAGUACCAGUGGUUUAAAGGCCAGGAGGAGAUCGUUGGGGCUGCUCAGUCGGUGCUGUCCGUUAACGAGGGGAGGAGUGCAAUCUACGUGUGCCGAGUGCACAACCAGCAGAAUGAAUGUGUAUUCAGCAACUGGGCAAAGAUCAAAGUCCAUUUGAUCAAAUCGGAGUUACCUCACAGAUGGAAAGGGGAGCCUAUGAUUGGACUACAGCCUGAAUCUCUGAGGGUCCACGUUGGCCAGAGAGUAUCCUUGAGGUGUGUCGCCUUUGGAAUUCCUGCUCCAAAAUACCAGUGGUACAAGAAUGGCAACCUGUUACCUGACCAAACCAAAGGGGAGUUGGCGAUAGCUGCAGUGGAGAUGAGGCAUUACGGGACGUACCUGUGUGCGGUCACCAAUGACCAAGGAGAGUGCUGGAGCUCUGCCGCUGACCUGAGUGUAGUUGAAAUCAUUCCCAUUGCUGUAGCGUUGCCUCCCCUUCGAGUUGCAGGCUCUGGAGAAAGGAAAGUAACAGCAAAGUCGCCGUCUAUCUGCCGAAAGCCAGAUACACCUCAAGAAGUGAGACUAUGUGCGACUGACAAAGUGGCACUGCUGAUUGGGAACAUGAACUAUGUAAAUCACCCCAAGCUGUUAGCCACAGUAAUCGAUGUCUUUGAACUGUCGAACCUGUUGCACCAGUUAAAUUUCCGCGUGGUUUCCCUGAUGGAUCUGACCAAAGAGGAAAUGCAGAGUGCAGUCAAACAAUUUCUCCAGCUCCUGGACACUGGUGUAUAUGCUCUGUUUUACUACGCUGGGCAUGGCUACGAAUGUUCAGGAAGGAACUACAUGGUGCCGGUAAAUGCUCCAAACCCAUACAGACCGGAGAACUGCAUCAACGUUCAGAAAAUCCUCUGCAAGAUGCAGGCGAAGAACACAGCCCUGAACGUGGUCCUGCUGGACAUGUGUCGGAAAUGGUAUAAUCAGGAAUACUUUCCUUCAGAUCUACAGCCCCUUGCUCCCACAGGGAAUAUCGUCUAUGGAUAUGCGACGUGUGAAGAUGCGGAAGCCUACGAGGUACAGGAUGGAGAGUACAGCUCAGGAAUCUUCAUGAAGUAUCUUAAAAGGCACAUUCUGAAGAAAGAGAAAGUCACCCAGAUUUUGGAGACUGUCUCUGAGGAAAUGGGCAAGGACCAAUUGAUUACUGGCAAGCAAGUGAUGGAGAUCAGACAUACCUUGAAGGAGGGUCGGGCCCUGACCGAUGAGAUCUGCACGAAGGGUUACACAGAGCAGCUCCGAGUGAGGAAUGAGUGUUGGAAACAAGCCAAUGAGCUGCCCAAGAGACGGACCAUUCGGUUUCCCUGUGAUGUAGCAGUGGAGUUAAGCUGCAGUGCUGUAUUCUCCAAUGUCAUGAUUGUCUAUGCCAACGUUAAGACAAGGCCCUCCGAUAUCACGGAGUGUAACGUCUUCCUACAGAAACCAGGGGAGUUGGCAAGUGCCUGUUCCGAUCUCAAUGGGGAGUCAUCCCAGAUCGACUCUCUGCUCUCGUCCCUUAAUGACAACCAACAGUCAGACACUACGCUGAAAGUGUGCGGCCUGCACAAACUCGAGCAACCUUUGAUUUUACGGGUGACCCUACAAUACCGGAACUUUAAGGAGCACGCGAUGCUGGAAGAAACGACAGCGGUGAACUUGGGACAUCCACUGGUGGCACAGCUGGAGCUGUACAGGACAAUGCGCAGUGCCGCCUCCCCCAACAGCAGCAGUGGCAGUAACCAGGACUCUACAUCAGUGCCUGGCACCACCGUGACGAAGGAUACAAGCAGGGCCGGCAGGUCUGGAACACAGAUAGCAAUCAGUAAGAGAGAACUCAAAGCAUCAGUCAGCCGAGCCAGAAAGUCCAACCAGCCAGAGGAAAAUGAUGAAAGUGAAAUAUCAUUUGGGAAUAGGUAGCACAUCCUCCUCCUGGUGAAGUGAGCAGAUGCAUCGAACUCUAUUCGGAGUGUACCAGAUAUGAAAUAUUUGUAGGUAUGCACUCAGCAGCACUUGGGUUAGAUUCUUAUAUUCACAGUAGGGGAUGCUGAGCAUCUCCUGGUUCGUCCCUGGGUCUGCUGAAUGUAUUUCGCAGAUCAAAACAUAAGCCUCUGAUUUGCAUUGAGGGGCCAACCGGCUUUUGGCUGUUGCUGAUUCCUUCUGGUGGUGUGAAGCCUGUGCUAAUUUCACUGGCGGUGUGCCCAGUCGGACUCUCGCUCCUGAGAGUUGGAACAACGUGUUCCUGGGUCAUGCUGUGUAGCUGUUUGAGUCUCUGCUGCUGGUGUGCCCCUUCAGCAGUGUCGUCUUCAUCGGCCUUCCCUCUGACUCCGAUGGGAUUCCAGCAAAUCCACGUCAGGUCCAUUGGAAAGGGGCUCUAGUGUCUGGCUUGACAACUUUAUUCUGGGAACCCUCACCGCUGCCCAGACAUAACUGACCCACAUCUUUGCAGCUCCUAAAUGGUUAGUGUUCUCAUUUAUUUCACCAAACUGAUGACAUGUAGCUAAGUCAUUGUAACUAGAGAGUUAAUAACCGCUACCAUCACUUCAUCUAGCCCUGAACUGUUACUACUACUUGUAUGUAUAGGAGCACCAGUUUGGUGAUACAAAAGACAUUCAUACAGUCAACUGGUAUUAGCAAGAAUUUCUGGACUUUAAUGAUCUGGUGCUCAGUUUAUCCAAAGUGUAUUUAACCUGGGUAAUGCAGAAUCACAUUGGCCUGACAGCACAGAAACGGCCAUUUGGCUCAUCAUGCCUGUACUAGCUCUUCAGGCAAGCAUCAUUACCAAUCUCCCGCUUUUCUCCCCAAACCCUUGCAAACUAUUUCUUUCUAAAUAGUCAUCCUCUUGAAAUGCCUCAAUUGAACCUGCCCCCAUCACACAUUCCAUGCCCUUUACUGAUUGAAAAAAGAUUUACCUCGCAACCCCUUUGCUUCUUCUGCACACCACCUCAAAUACACACCCUCUCGUUUUCGCUCCUUUUGAUGAGUGGGACCUGCUUCUCAUUAUCUACAGUGUCCAGUCUGCUCAUGAUGCUGAAGACCUCUCUCCAAUCUCCUCUUGGCCUUGUCAUAGGUUGGUCAAGGAGUUAUGACUCAAAUGGUAAUUAUUUGGAUUUAUCCCUGCAGUUCCCUGUGUAGUCAGUGCCUCAAACCAGUGGAGGAACGUGCUCCGCAAAGGCUUCCUUCCGCAGGGCAGGGAGUUUAAAGACAGAGUGUCUCCCCCUUAAGAAUUUAGACAUUAGCAGGAGAAGCAUCAUGUUGGUGUUGUGUUUAACGAAGUGCAUCCAAUGAGGGGAGAAAAUGAAUUAUAUAAAUAAUAUUCAGAAAGUUGUUGAUACUUAGGUAAUGUGUGGUGCAGAGGAGGAGAUAAUUUGGAUCUAUUCAUUGAAAAACCAAAAUCUUUUCUCCCCUAAAUAUAGUACGCAGUGACAUGAAAUGUUUCUGCUGAUAUUCCCAGUGAUACUGGGAUUGGCAAAAUGCUGGUCAAGGUGAUGAAAUGGGAUUAGAAAAGAAAUGUUACCUGGAUUGGGAUUAAGAGUGGUGUAUACUUCAUUGGCUGAUAGAGUGCUGAUGCAUUCUCGACCAGCUGUAGGAUCGUUCUUUAGAUUUUAUUAGGCCCUGUUUAUUUUUGUGAAGGUGUUAAUUUUGGCGAAGGUGAAAGUUGUGAAGCUAGCCAGUCACCAGAAGGCUGGAGCCUCGCCCUCUGUUAUAGUUCUCAUUCCCCACUUGUUUAUCACUGGAACCCUGUCCAUGCAAUAGCUGGUGCCAUCAGCGAGUUUAAACAUUUGAACAGUUACAAACAAUUAUCGAGCUAUUGAGGAAGUUUUGUUUGUUUGAGACGAGCACCUGUCCUUGAGAUUAUGGUGGCGAAGGGUGAAGCAGAUUGUGGGCUCACUAACACCCAUAUAUCCCUUGGUUCCUGCCGCAGAGUGCUUAGUGUCUCAGUCUCUGGGCCAGAAGACUUGGGUUCAAGUCCCACCUGCUCCAGAGGUGUACAGUAACAUCCCGAGACGUGUAUUGUUUUUUAAAAGGCCCCCUCACACCAAAUGCUAGUUUAUCACCAUGAAGCUGCAGCAGUGUGUUGGAGAGAAUUGGCAGGGUUCAGUUAGGAAGAGUACAAGUCAACAGAAGGGUGUGGCCAGGCAAAAUAUCAGGCCAACAGAGACAUUAAAGCACCCUCUGACAUAAAACUCUGGUUGCAGAUGAAUGCAAUCAGAUUAACCCUUCCCUUUAACAUAGAAAAUAGGAGCAGGAAGAGGCCAUUCAGCCCUUUGAGUCUGCUCUGCUGUUCACUAUCAUCAGGGCUGAUCAUUCCAACUCACCACCCUGUUCCCACUUUCUUCCCCAUAUCCUUUGAUCUUUUUAGCCCUAAGAACGAUAUCUAACUCCUUUGUGAAAACAUGCAGUGAUUCCACAGGCUCACCACUUUCUGGGUGAGGACAUUUCUCCCCAUUUCAGUGCUAAAUGGCCUACCGCAUACCCUUAGAGUGUGACACUACCUUCUGAACUACCCAAUUGUUGGGGUCACCCUUGCUGUGUUUACCCUGUCUAAUCCUGCUGGGAUUUCCUGAAAAUGAAAACAGAGUGCAGUGAAAAUCAGCAAGAUGACCAUCACUCCUCCACAUCCUGACCAACUUGGUUUGUUUAAAAUUACCCCCCUCGGGAUUUCAGCUGGCACUUGAUGUUAUUCCAGCUCCUUCCCACUUGUGAGAUUCAGUAUUUCCUGUCAUUUGCUCCCCAAUCCCCUCCUUAAAUGAAAUGAUUCUAGAAAAUUGUGGCAAAACAAAUGAUUUUUUUGGAACAAUUUUUUUUUAAGGAAUCCUGUUGAAAUGCAUUGUUCCUCCUUCAUCCCUGCCCAUUGCCUGUGAGCUCCUCCAGCCAGGCCAUUCCCCAGUGAGCUGUCUGAUCCUAUUGCCCUGGGACGUUGCAGCUCACUGUAGCUGCAGCCUGGUCUCUUAGCUCUCUGGGUCUCUCCUCCUUGACAAUCCUCAACUCCACUUUCCGUCUUUUUUUCCCCCAUGAUGCGAAUAAUGUGGCAUCUAUCUGUUUGGUUAAACUCUUGUGAAGUGCCUUGGGAGCCUUUGUUUUUUGCAUUUUGCUGCUAUGUAAAUGCAGGCUGCUAAUGCAAGCUGUUUGGUGCCCAGCCACCUUUUCGUCCACGAUCUGAGCUGUGGUUUGUAGAUAAAGUCAGUCCCGUUGUGAUACAACCACCUCGAUCAGGAACAGCAGCUUCGAAUGCUGCCCUCUGGAUU